CUCGCGGAAGUAGCAAAAUAUAUUUCGUAUUUCCGUUCCAAGUAUUUAUAACCUCAAACUGGUGCCAACUGGUGCGGUAGUGGUUUUGAUUGAGAAUUGAUACACGUGUUUCUCCAAGCAAAGGUGUGAAGGAGAGACAGCGAAACAUCUCGCGUCUCUUUAUAGAGACAGAUAUUUAUUAAAAGCAAAGAAAGAUACGUUAUUUUCUAACACGAGAGUGUAAUAAAUUAAAGAAAAAUGGUUUUAUAUAAUUUCAAGAAAAUUGCGGUUGUCCCAACUGCGAAGGACUUCAUCGAUAUAAUCUUGUCAAAGACACAACGGAAGACGCCGACAGUUAUUCACAAGCAAUAUAAGAUCACGAGAAUACGUGCUUUUUACACACGGAAGGUGAAAUUUACUCAACAAAGUUUUCACGAUAGAUUAUCCCAAAUAAUACAGGAGUUUCCCAAGCUGGAUGAUGUUCAUCCAUUCUAUGCCGACUUGAUGAAUGUUCUAUAUGAUAAGGAUCACUAUAAGCUGGCUCUUGGACAGAUAAAUACAGCCAGGCACCUAAUUGACAAUGUUGCAAAGGAUUAUGUUCGGCUUUUAAAGUAUGGAGAUUCAUUAUAUCGGUGCAAGCAACUGAAGAAGGCUGCCCUGGGUCGAAUGGCUACCAUUAUGAAGAGACAAGCAGCUAAUUUAACAUAUCUUGAACAAGUUCGUCAACACUUGGCUCGAUUGCCAAGUAUAGAUCCUUAUACGCGCACGAUAAUUAUAUGUGGGUUCCCAAAUGUUGGCAAAAGUAGUUUUAUUAACAAAAUCACUCGAGCCGAUGUAGAAGUUCAACCAUAUGCCUUCACAACUAAGUCUUUGUAUGUAGGGCAUACUGAUUAUAAAUACUUAAGAUGGCAAGUGAUAGAUACACCCGGAAUAUUGGAUCACCCGCUGGAAGAGAGGAAUGUUAUAGAAAUGCAGGCAGUAACUGCUCUCGCGCACUUGCGAGCUGCUGUACUUUACUUCUGUGACUUGUCAGAGCAGUGUGGUCAUACCUUGGAGGAACAGGUAAAACUUUUUGAAUCCAUAAGACCAUUAUUCACGAACAAGCCUCUGAUAGUAGUCAUGAAUAAAGUGGAUAUCGUACGUUUGGAAGAGUUAUCUCCGGAAAAGAGGGCUGUUCUGAAGCCAUUCGAGGAAGAUACAAAUGUGCCUACACUAGAAAUGAGCACCGUCACCGAUUUCGGCGUGAUGGAUGUAAAAUUGGAGGCUUGCGAGCGACUUUUGGCUUUCAGAGUUGAUCAAAAGAUUAAGACUAAGAAGGUGGAAGGGCUUCUUAACCGAUUGCAUAUUGCUCAACCGAAGAGAGUAGAUCCUAAUCGUGUCCCAUGUAUUCCGGAGAGCGUUUUGAAGAAGAGGCAGGCCGCCGCGGAGAAAGCCGAGAGAAAGCGCAAAUUGGAGAGAGAGAUAGAGGAGGAGAUGGGAGAUGAUUAUGUGCUUGAUCUGAAGAAGAAUUACGAUAUCGAAGGAGAUCAGAAAUACGAUAUUAUUCCGGAGAUGUGGGAGGGUCAUAAUAUAGCAGAUUAUAUAGACCCGGAUAUAUUCGAAAAAUUGAAUCAAUUGGAAAGGGAAGAACAAUUGAGAGAAGAGGCUGGCUUUUACGAUUACAAGGUGCCGGAGUUAUCGGAAACAAUGCGCGAGAUCGAACAGCUGGCGAAGCAGAUUCGCGACAAAAAGCUCAUCAUGAAGGAUGAGGCGCGAAUAACGAAGGCUUCCACGAAGCCAAUUAUGCCGCGUACAGCCGCGGCUAAGAUCCGUGACAGAUCAGUCACGAAGCUAAAGGAGCAGAUGGAAGAUCUAGGUGUUGAUAUGGAAGAUACUGAAAAUGCACACUUUAAACGAACGAGAGCACGGUCCAGGUCGCGGUCGGAACCCGCUAGAAAACGCAUGCGUGUGGAAUCGGCAUCACAGUCGCGUGCCCGCAGUGUCUCGCGACCGCCGCGAGAUGAGAUGGGUGUUAAAGACGUAGUGAUGAAGACGAAGUUGAAGAACAUAGCGUAUAAGACACAGAAGAAGAAGAUAGCCAAGAAGGGUCUCAAGGGCGAAGGUGAUCGUUUUAUUGGCAACAAAAUGCCAAAACAUUUAUUCUCCGGAAAAAGAGGAAUCGGUAAAACGACCAGAAGAUAAAACUUUCAUUUAUAUCUUACAUGUUAAUCUUUUUCAGUUAUAUCGUAUAUCUAAAUACACAAAAAAAUGCAAAAAGAAAUCAUCUUUGUAAAUGUAAUUUUCAAUUUAGAAUGGUAUUCAAGAUACCGUCACGGAAAGUUUCAUUCACCAGCUUAGAUACUGUCGCUGACCGAUUUAUAUUUGAUUUACGAUCAAUAAUACGUUAUAGUUUGUGAAUGAAACGCAUUCCUCGUGUGUUUAUUAAAAGAAAAAGCAAAGAUUUUUUCUUUACCGUUAUCAGCUGCUAAAUAAAUAUCUCCGCUUUGGAAUAGUAUUUUUGUGAUGGUUCUCUGUGACAUGAAUGCGCGUGGUUGCAUAAUGCACACAAGGUAACCUUCGAACUCGAACGGGGUAAGCAACAGCGUCACGCUCAAUGAAACUUUAUUGCUGUCGUGGUGAGAUAACCCUUCGUGUCGAUGGUAGAUUCCACAUUACAUUCUAUUCAUAAAAUCACAACGCUUGACUGCGAAGCGUUAAUCUUAAAGUUGUAUAGAAAUUAAUACGAAAACGUAAGGAAAAAAAUUCCGUUCGUAUAUUUUGUAAAAAUAUGUUUUGAAAUUCGCGCUAGUUCUGAGAUAAGCUCGCGUUACUUCUUCCAAGUCGUGUUCUCCUAAUAUCUCGAAUUUAGCUACUGAAUUUAAAUACUUGAAUUUGCAUCUUCUGAAGAGCGGGAUAUUUGAAUUGUAUAAGUUCGUAUAACCUCUUAUCGCAACAUGCUUCCCUAAUGAUUUUGACGAUUUGUUGAGUGUAACGAAAGACGCAAAUUCAAAUUCUCUUCUGACAUAGUAGUCAAACAUGGUAGUACGCACAGGAAACUGUGAAUUAAUUGAUUUCCAUUCAAGACUUUAAGGGAAGUUUGAUCACUUGAUUAAAUAAAUUUUUGGAACUUUAAGAAAUUUUAAGAAGUUUCUUUAAGAAAAAUAAAUAAUUGAAAAGAAAAUUAUUUUGUCUGACGUUGCAAUAAAAAUAAAUGGAAUAUUAAA